AUGAAAAUUCCGGAUUUAACCAAUUAUGAGCAUUUAAUCGGUGGAUUUUGUGGUGGUGUCACCAGCACAGUUGUCUGCCACCCGUUUGACUUGCUGAAAGUUCGCUUUUCAGCCAACGAAGGAAAUCCACUGCGACCUCAAUACUCCAGCUAUGCAGAUGCAGUCCGAAAAAUCAUACGAGUCGAAGGAGUGCGUGGGCUGUAUCAAGGAAUCACUCCGAGCGUCAUUGGCGCCGCCGUCUCGUGGGGUCUCUAUUUUCAGUGGUACAACACUUUGAGAGCAAAAAUCAAUGAGGAAUUCUCGACGGGCAGUGAAAUGGUGAACAAUUUUAUCAGUGGAUCAGUAGUGGGCUCGGCGAUCAUGUGCAUUACCAACCCGAUUUGGCUCACGAAGACAAGGUUAUGCCUUCAAUAUGAAAAUCAUCAAACCAAAAAGUAUUCUGGAAUGAUCGACUGCAUGCGACAAACUGUUCAACAAGAAGGCUUCUUUGGGUUGUACCGUGGAUUUGUUACCGGAGUGAUUGGCACCUCCCACGGCGCUGUUCAAAUCGCCUCGUAUAGUUGGAUGCUGGACAAAAGACGAGAGGCACUGGGUCUUCCUAAAGAUUCGUUCAUUAGCCAAACCGACUACACUGUGGCAUCUGCAAUUUCUAAAACUCUCGCCACUACAGUAACCUUCCCAUACCAAGUGCUCCGUACCCGAAUGCAAGACCAUAAUACUGACUCGCGAGGAGUUUGGAGAACAACACUGCGAACGAUCCAUAACGAAGGCUUUAGCGGUCUUUGGAAAGGAUGUGUCAUCGCGAACGUCAGACAGCUUCCAGCAGCGAUUGUCGUGUUUUUGACAUAUGAGAAUGUAAAGCGGCUGGUUAGAAUGACUGAGAAGCAGUAG